AUGUCUCGCCUUUUGGUUGUGGUUGCUACCGCGAUUUCCCUUGCAUCUGCAUUUCAGCAGCCGAUUCGGGCUCGUGAUCAUUCUCAAGGCUACCAAUUCGAUCCUCUCCUCCACCUGCCAGGAAUAUCGCCAUAUUUCGAUGCCGUUGGAUUCGGGCUCGCACACGCUGCCCCAGAGGGAUGCACUGUCGAUGUUGCUUCUUACCUUAUCCGGCACGCGUCAAUCUAUGCCAACGAUGCCGAGUAUGAGGACUACAUCAAACCAUUUCUCUUCAAGUUAGAGAAGCAUCGUGGGGGCUUCUCAGGUCCCCUUAAGUUCCUUAACAAAUGGUACUCUCCAAUUGACGAAAAGCGCCUGGAAGAUGUCACUCCUUCUGGGAAGCUUGAUGCCAAGCAGGUUGGGAGACAUCUGAUGAAGCGAUACCGGCACCUGGCAUCGUCGGUCAAGCGUGUUAUGGCAGAUACUAAAGCAAGGACCUAUGAUACUGCCAAGGCCUUUGUCGACGCAUUUCCCAAUUCUGGAGACGUCGAGUUUGUCCGCGCCGACAAGAAGGAUCUCAACAACGCUACUCGUGCUCUUCUUCCGCACAAGGCUUGCUCAGAAUUCUCAAAAGACCCUGGUACCAAGGAACUACACGAAUUCUUAAAUGUCUACGGCAAACAAGUCUCGCGUCGUCUUAGCCCCUACACCCCUGACGACUAUGACCUCGACCCCAAGGAUGUCUUUGCCCUCCAGUCAAUCUGUGGUUAUGAAUCGGCCAUUCGUGGAAGGCGUUCACCAAUGUGCGACUUGUUCUCUGAUGCAGAAUGGCUGUCGUACGAGUAUGCCUGGGAUAUGAAGUACGCAUACAUGGUCGGACCGCUCAACCCUCUCUCCAACUAUCUUGGUUUCCCCUGGCUUCAUUCACAAUCUCAGCUCUUCGACGCCAUUGACAAAGACCCAGACGCGAACCAUAACGAAACAACAGGUUGGCCCUCAGACCAGCGCUUGUUUUUCUUCUUCACGCACCGUGAAGUGCCGCCAUUCGUCGCCACAGCACUUGGCAUCUUCAAUUCAUCCUCACAUGAAGGCUAUGAUGAAUUCCCGACUUCGCAUGUCAACCAUGUGAGGGCAUGGAAGAUGUCUGAUCUCAUUCCUUUCCUAGGUCAUGUUGGCAUGGAAAAGAUGACCUGUGAUAGACCAGGCGACGACUCAGGGAAGGAUGAGUUUGUGAGGUUCAUUGCCAACACUGCGCCACGGCCGCUACCGCUCUGUCAAAGCGGGCCUGGGGCCAGUUGUCCGUUUGAGGUUUUCAAAGAGAUUGUGAGUGCUGGGAUGAAAAAGUACGGAGAUUUUGACGAGGUUUGUAAGAACAAGGAGCCAAGUGAUUUGUAG